UUCUUUUCUUGCGACUCUUCCCACAACACAAACAACAUUAUCAUCAUCGUUACCUAAAAUUUUGUUCUUUCUCUCUCUCCGUGUCUGUCUGACUCUUUACUCUCUCUCUCUCUCUCUCUCUCUCAGUCUGUGUUGUGUUAAGGUUAAACACUGAGGAGAAAUGGUGGUGGACAAGAAGAAGAAGAUUAUGGCGUGUUUGGUGGCAGCCAUAGUGAUCCUCUGCAGCCUAACCCACGUCAGAUCCGAUGCUUCCAACCAUCGUUACAAAGAAGGUGACGAUGUUCCUCUAUACGCUAACAAGGUGGGACCCUUCCACAAUCCCAGUGAGACAUACCGUUAUUUUGAUCUUCCUUUCUGUUCACCAGCCCAUAUGCAAGAAAAGAAAGAAGCUCUUGGCGAAGUACUGAAUGGGGAUCGCUUAGUUGUUGCCCCUUACAAACUUGAAUUCCUAAAAGAUAAAGAAUCUGAGAUUGUUUGCAAAAAGAAGUUGAAACAGGAAGAAGUUUCUCAGUUCCGCGCUGCAGUUUCAAAAGACUAUUACUUCCAAAUGUACUAUGAUGACUUGCCCUUAUGGGGUUUGUUAGGUAAAUUUGACAAGGAAGGAAAAGAUGACCCCAGUGAGCUCAAAUAUUACCUCUUUAAGCAUCUUCAUUUCGACAUCCUUUACAAUAAGGAUUUUGUUAUUGAGAUUAUUGUAAAAAGUGAUCCAGAUGCCCUUCUGGACCUGACAGAAGACAAAGAAGUUGACGUGGAAUUCACGUACUCUGUCAAAUGGAAGGACACAGAGAUUCCAUUUGAGAAGAGGAUGGAGAAGUACUCUCAAAUUUCUUCGCUGCCUCAUCACCUGGAAAUCCAUUGGUUUUCAAUAAUAAAUUCAUGUGUGACUGUUCUUCUCUUAACUGGAUUCCUUGCCACGAUUCUCAUGCGAGUCCUUAAGAAUGAUUUUGUUAAGUAUACCCAUGAUGAGGAGGCAGCCGAUGACCAAGAGGAGACUGGAUGGAAGUACAUUCAUGGUGAUGUAUUCAGGUAUCCAAAGUACAAGUCAUUGUUUGCAGCAGCGCUUGGUUCUGGCACCCAGCUAUUUACUCUAGCGAUUUUCAUUUUCUUGCUUGCACUAGUUGGUGUGUUUUAUCCCUAUAACCGUGGAGCUCUAUUCACGGCACUUGUCGUCAUAUAUGCACUUACAUCAGGGAUUGCAGGCUAUACUGCAGCAUCUUUCUAUUGCCAGCUAGAAGGACAAAAUUGGGUGCGAAAUUUGUUAUUGACUGGAAGCCUCUUCUGUGGACCACUGUUUCUCACCUUCUGCUUUCUUAAUACUGUUGCAAUUGCUUACAGUUCCACUGCAGCAUUGCCAUUUGGAACAAUUGUGGUGAUUUUUCUUAUAUUGACUCUUGUAACUUCACCUUUAUUGGUAUUGGGUGGAAUUGCUGGGAAGAAUAGCAAGGCUGAGUUUCAAGCUCCAUGCCGCACAGCAAAAUUUCCUAGGGAGAUACCAUCUUUGCCUUGGUAUCGUAAAACCUUUCCUCAGAUGGCUAUGGCAGGGUUUUUGCCUUUCAGUGCUAUCUACAUUGAACUUUACUACAUAUUUGCUAGUGUAUGGGGCCACCGGAUUUACACCAUCUACAGCAUUCUGUUUAUAGUAUUCAUCAUUCUCUUGAUUGUCACUGCUUUUAUCACCGUGUCAUUGACAUAUUUCCAACUUGCUGCUGAAGACCAUGAGUGGUGGUGGAGGUCUUUCCUUUGUGGCGGAUCAACUGGCCUGUUCAUCUAUGGCUACUGCUUGUAUUACUACCAUGCACGAUCAGAUAUGUCAGGUUUCAUGCAAACAUCGUUCUUCUUUGGGUACAUGGCUUGCAUUUGCUAUGGUUUCUUUCUCAUGCUUGGGGUUGUCGGUUUCCGUGCUUCUUUAUUCUUUGUUCGUCACAUAUACCGUUCUAUCAAAUGCGAGUAGCAAGUCACUCGGUCUCCUUGAAGUUCAACAGGUGGUCUGUUUUUUCCUUUAGUGGGCUCAUUUCCGGAUACUAAACCAAGUUCAUCAAAAAAGGCUGUUGAUAAUGUUUCUGAUAUUCUGGAGAAGAUUGAGGCAAUGCAACACAUACUUGUGUUCAAGUAUUCUUAUCAUUCCUUCAAGGGAUUGAUUACACAGUAUGUGAUCCAUUAAUGUGGUAAGAAUAUAUUAGCGGAGACAAUCUUGUCGAACUGUAGGAUUUCUUAGAAACUUAUACUGCUUAUCCAAAGCAGCACCUUGUAAAACUUUCUUCUUGCCUUGUUCCUAGCUCCAAAAGUUAUAUUAAUACAUUCUUUUCAUUUUGUUUUUCA